AAACAAAACAUUGGACAUUAAACCAUAUAUUUAGCUAAAAUUACAAUUACAUAAAAUUUGUGGGACGUUCAUAUAAAAGGAUGAAAACCUGGGCACUAUUUGGAAAUAAGUGAAAAUGCGAGGACCUAAAAAUAAAUAGAACGAAAAUGAACAGUAGACCACGUGUCAGCUCAUUGAGUUGAAAGAAUCCCCAUUACUCGAGGCGUUUGGGAGCUCCACUCGUGCUUCUUCCCAGCGGACCAAGCUCGGUAGAUCAAUUGGGCUUCAAAAUCGUGGCGAUUCUGCUCCGCACCGGUUAUCCUCCGUCGAUUCUGUUAGCCAUGGAGUUUGAUAUUGGUCUUUUUCAUAUUCACGAGGGCCAAGUAUUAAGCAGUGAAUAUAAAGGAUGAAGGGUGAAACAGGUUGAAAUAUGGAGGAAGUCUGUCUUAAUAGUGAGCCUAUCUUUGAUGAAUGUGACGAGUAUGAGGUGGAUGGCGAUGGUGCCUUUGUGGACAAUGGUAACGAAUCUGGGGAAGCACAGUCAAAGAAGAAUCCUCCACUGCCAACAGUAGGUUUGGAGUUUGAUUCUUUUGAUGAGGCAUAUGACUUCUAUAACGUUUAUGCUAAGGAACUGGGAUUUGGCAUCAGAGUCAGUAAUUCGUGGUUCCGAUCUAAGAGAAAGGAGCGAUAUAGAGCUAAACUUAGCUGCAGCAGUGCAGGAUUUAAGAAAAAGAGUGAAGCCAACAAUCCAAGGCCGGAAACUAGAACUGGUUGUCCUGCAAUGAUAAUUAUUAGGUUGGUUGACACCAAAAGGUGGAGAAUAGUUGAAGUGGAGCUUGAACACAACCAUCCAGUGAAUCCACAAAUCACUCGAUUUUACAAGUCACAUAAAAAGAUGAUUCUUGCUGCGAAGAAAGCACAGCCACAACUGCAUCCUGUAACCGAAGUUCAUACCAUCAAGCUUUAUAGAUCAACUACUCUUAAUGGUUGUAGUGGAUGCUCAAAUGUUGACCAAAGAGAGGGUAUCAGUUCCGUUGAUCACUUGAAACACUUGGAACUUAAAGAUGGGGAUGGACAUGCACUGUAUAAUUAUUUCUGCCGCAUGAAAUUGACAAAUCCCAAUUUUUUUUACUUGAUGGAUCUUGACAAUGAUGGGCACUUGAGAAAUGUGUUUUGGGCAGAUGCCCGGUCGAGGACUACAUAUAGUUACUUUUGUGAUACCAUCACUAUAGAUACAACAUGCUUAACAAACAGAUACGAGAUUCCUCUGAUUUCGUUUGUCGGUGUGAACCACCAUGGGCAAUCAGUGUUGUUAGGAUGUGGCUUUGUUGGCUUUGAAUCAGUGGAGUGUUUUGUUUGGAUUUUGAAGGCAUGGCUUCAAUGCAUGCUGGGAUGCUCUCCACAGGUCAUCAUUACCGACCAAAAUAAAACACUGGUAGCUGCAGUCUCUGAAGUUUUCCCUAAAGCUUGUCACUGUUAUUCUACGUGGUAUAUCAUGCAAAGAGUACCAGAAAAGUUGGGUGGUUUGAAAGGAUAUGAAACAAUAAGAAGCCAAUUGAACAAAACCAUUUUUAGCUCAUUGAAGAUAGCUGAAUUUGAAACUUCGUGGACUAAUAUGAUCAAGCACAAUGCGCUUGGAGAUAAUAAAUGGCUCCAAUCACUGUAUGAAGAUAGAACAUUAUGGGCUCCUGUAUACUUGAAAGACAUAUUUUGUGCAGGAAUGGUCCCUAUCCAUGCAAAUGAGAGCUUUAAAACGUUUUUCGAGGGCUAUGUACAUAAACACACAUCUUUUAAGGAAUUUCUCGAUAAGUAUGAUCUUGCCCUCCAUAGGAAAUACCAUAAAGUAUCAGUUGCCGAUCUGGAGUCGAGAAAUUUAAGCCUCGAGUUGAAAACGAGAUGUAAUUUUGAAUUGCAGCUCUCCAAGGUGUACACAAAAGACAUAUUUAGCAAGUUCCAAUCUGAGGUAGAAGGAAUGUACUCUUGCUUCAACACAAGGCAGGUCAGUGUAAAUGGGCCUAUAGUAACUUACAUUGUCAAAGAAAGGAUUGAAGUUGAGGGAAACGAGAAAGAGGUAAAAUAUUUCGAGGUCUUAUAUGAGACAACUGAAGUGGACAUUCGAUGCAUUUGCAGUUUAUUCAACUACAAAGGUUACCUUUGCAGGCAUGCGUUAAAUGUUUUAAAUUAUAACGGCGUGGAAGAAAUCCCCGCUCGCUACAUUCUGCCACGGUGGUGUAAAGAUUUCAAACGCAGGUGAACAAUUGGACCAUACUCCCAGCCUCUCCCAAAGAGAAAGAUGCAGAACUUGUUUGUUUGAUUCAGCUUUGAUAUUAUGGCCUAAAAAUGGGCCAUUGAUCUCAGAUAUCAAAGCACAGCUACUUUCUUUUUCAGGGAAACCUUCAUUUCUCUAGCCCCACACUCAAUGAUUCAGCCCUUUGCAUUAAAAGGCUCUCCCUUGCCCUACUGGUCAAGGGGAGGUACCUAACCAUUCAUCAUCUUUAUGGAAGUUGUCUCAUUUCAUAUGUUUCAAUCUUUCAACUGCUGAAUGUGAGAUAACUAUAUAUGAUUGUUAGAUGAGUUAAUGGAAACUGGAGUUUGGUUCGGUCGAAUUCUGGUGGUUUCAGUUUCAGGUAUCGUUCUUGCACAUUCCAACACGAACACGCAGGAGCGAACGAACAGCAGGCGUACAGCCUGCAGCCUAAGGAGGGAGCUAAUCCGAUCAGAACUCGUCUUCAUGUUAUCAAGUAAGUAUGAAUGAGAAACCCUGAAGUUUAUUAUAGAGGAGCUUUAUGUGAACAGUUUUCUGUGGAAGUUUAAGCAAGAUCUUAGGCUCCUAGGCUGACUUAUAUAGGGUAUGCCAUUUUUUUUUAAUAUCUUACUUGUGACUUCAUAUUACAUCUAGUUUGGUCAGUAUUGGUUGCUUGUCAUAAAAUGUUGUGAGCUAUCGAACGAGGAGUCAAAUGCUAAAUGAAAAGAGUAUAUUCGUACUAAUAUAGCAAUAGAACUUCUCGAACGUGCUUAAAUUCUGAACCCCUCAAUAACAGUCUUUUCUCUACCUUCUAAGUGUAGG